UGUUCCAAACGUAUCACAGGCGGGUUACAAUCUUCGAAUACUCUGUGCUCAGUGGCAAGAGUGUGUCACUGAUCACGACGUCUUCUUCGUGCGUCGAAUACACACAAAGCUGAAAUUUAUUCUCAAACUUCGUGGUUUCUCAUUCCCACCCACACUGCGAUCAGCGACUUUACAGCUUUUCGGAUGUGCAGGGGAUGCAAGUGUGACUAAAGUGACAUUUACAAAUUUCGCAUACACACAUGUCACAUCUGUACACAGUGCAUAAGUUUCAGGUUGCGUGGGUCGUUUACACGCGAAUACAGCGUGACUAGAGUACGCGAUAUAAACAGCAGACAGGUUGUUGUCCAGGAGUAUAUAACUGAGCCAUUGUUCCGUCUGCAGCAUCUUUGGCAAUGUUGCUCCGGUGGAAAGAAAAUCUCAAUGUAUUCAACGUGUUUAUCGUUGCUUUGGUUAUGCGGACAGAAAUCGUCACAGGUUUCAUCGAUUACAGUGAAAUACGGCGCAAUGAACACCCGAUCGUAUUAGACCCACAUCUGGCAAGGACAACUCGUCAAUUGUUGGAAAAGUACGAUAGCUGGGCGGUUUAUAGGACGUCGUACACACUGCAACAGGCAACAGAACACUUUCUCCACUACGGAGCCUUCCUACGUAACCAGAUCCUCGAUAUCUUCGGGGCACUCGUCUACGACCAUUACGACGAUUUUAGCACGAGUCAACUCGAAGCUCUUUACAGAGUUUACCGGGACACGCUCAAGAGGAAGUACAAUAUUUUUGACAUAGUACCGAGCGUUCUUGCGCAGUCGGACAUUCGGCCGUCAAGCAUAUGUCGGCACAUCAACAAGAACGUUCGCACAUGCUUGAGGGAAAGCUCACUGCGGUGUGCAACGAUGAAACAGCACGACAAGUCACAUCCGCACACGAUCUUGACCCGAGUUUUCAACAUAACGCGAUACAUGUUCAAAACUGCUGGGUUGAAGCAACAGUUCCCAGAAGGAUUUUCCCUGCCAGCUAUUUUGGAACGCCUAAAAUCGGGGCAUCUCUCAUUGACGGCUGGAAUGGUGUCUGGGCUCCUGCAGAGCGUUCAGUACGAUAGUGUCAACGAUGAAGUUCGUGCGGCGGAAAAAAAUGUCAUGCAGUUACUGAUGUCCGAAAAAUUGGACAGUGGUCGUAAGCAAAGUCUUAUGCCGAGAGAUCAGCUGCGACAGGUUUUGACAGUGAACGAACUGCUUAAGAAUAUUUUUGACGGUCGGAAAUCCAUGUACGAUAGAAAUGAGAACAAGAACUUUGACGUACUGUCGCAACACGUCAUCAGCGAGGUCGAGGCCAUCAGUCCUAACAUUGAAAUUCUUGGUGCGGUUUACGAUAAUAACACAAUCCAGAUGAAGUAUCUUUUCGAUUUGGUUCUACCGCCAGAUGUUGUUGACAGGGAUAUCAGUGACGCGAAAAAUUACCUUUUGAACAAGAUGCAGGAUUUUGACGUGGUGCGCAAAUAUUUGAAGGUUGAAAAAUAUCAGCAGAGUGGCCCUGAUCAGUUGUUAAUGGAAAUACUGAGGCAGAUGAGAGACAUCAACUUUGCCCCUGAUAUAGUGACGGCUCUUCACACUCACGCUCGCUUCUGGCACCAGAGUCGUAUGAUAAACAACCUGAACGACUUGCUCGAUCUUUUCGAUGCCUACGAGAACCUUCGCAACGUUCCAAAUUUCUCAAACCUAGUCUCGUUGAUGGAUGAUAUUCGGGGAAGUUUGAUAAAUUCGAAGGUCGUGGCGAUAGAACUGUUGUGCAGUAACCCUAGAUCGUGUCUGCAGCGCGGCUUGAAGAUUAUCGCACAGUGCACGCUAGUGAAUUCAAAGACCAAAUCUCUCCUUGUUAGAUUGUUCCAUAAUUUGAAUCAGGAUGGGUCAAUUGAUAUUGACAAGUGUAAGCGAUCGACGAAUCAGCUGAUUACGGAAGUGUUGAAGCCUUCGUUACAGGCAAGAUCGGAAAAGACUGGUGAAGUUACAAGCGAGCUGACAAUUCAGAAUGACACCCAUAAUAUGGAGUUGUCUGGUGCAAAAAAUAAAAAUACCGCAGACCAUGAAACGGCAACUGAAAUGAUCAUCGUAGAAAAUUUUGUGGAAAAGCGGCUAGAGGUCAAGCUGCGGGCAAGUGAGGAACCAACAACAAUAACGACAACCAACACAAAUUCCUUGGAAGAAGACGAUUCCGAUAAAGCCUAUAAUAGAUUUUUUGGCCACUGUUUAGGCAUGGAAUGCUCUGACUACUUCAGUUUUGAUUCAAACUACCUCGAUUAUUUUAGUGGUGAUUGGCUUGAAAGCUCGAGUUCCGAAGAGGAGCAGCACCACCACGAGCACAAGUGCAUUGGGAAAAAUUGCCCGCCAUCGUGGAUGCCCAAUAAACCGCAACAUUGUGCAAACGGCAAUUGUGGAGCACCAUCCGUACCUGAGCAUCCGAUCGAAUGCAUCGGUUCUGACUGCAAUGACUUUAUUCCUCCCAGUGUCAGUUAUCCCGAAUGUAUUGGCAAUCGUUGUGAUGAUAAACAGGAGUGCAUUGGGAAAAAUUGCCCGCCAUCGUGGAUGCCCAAUAAACCGCAACAUUGUGCAAACGGCAAUUGUGGAAUACCAUCCGUACCUGAGCAUCCGAUCGAAUGCAUCGGUUCUGACUGCAAUUACUUUAUUCCUCCCAGUGUCAGUUAUCCCGAAUGUAUUGGCAAUCGUUGUGAUAAUAAACACGAGUGCAUUGGGAAAAAUUGCCCGCCAUCUUGGAUGCCCAAUAAACCGCAACAUUGUGCAAACGGCAAUUGUGGAAUACCAUCCGUACCUGAGCAUCCGAUCGAAUGCAUCGGUUCUGACUGCAAUUACUUUCCUCCUACAGGUCCCAGUCCUUCCGAAUGUAUAUUUCCCAAUUGUAAUAAGCCUCCUCUGAGCAACAAUUUAGUUUGCAGUGGGAAUAAAUGUAAGCCCAGUGGUGAGGUCAACCCUUGGACACUAGAUGAAAGUAAACUUACCAUGACAGUUCUGCCCUACAAUCAGUGCAAGUUCAAAGAUCCCCAAUAUCAGAGAAGGCUUGACCGACUGAAAAAGAUUCGUAUCUUAGAUUCUUUUUAUGCAACGGAAUCGGUUCCUACCGACGCUGCUGCCAGUUUUUACGAAAAUUAUUCGGACGAGUCGCAUGGCCAAUCCGCACCACCGACAAAACAUCGGCAAUCAUCGCAUCUGGUUGGCUCAACUCAGCGAAAACCCCCGCAAAAUGAACUUUUGACGCACCAUAAACGUCCAUGGCCUUUUACGUUCUAUCCAUUCGCUUCGCACUCUGGUCAGGUACUGAAAAUCAAAAAACCCGUUACAUUCAACGAUUCAUACGCUGACUCUAAUAUGGGAUCGGGAAUUAAGCCCGGCAUCAGUGCAAUAAAGAAUCACACAAAUAAGCGCAGAAAAAUGAAUGUGAAUGUGAAUGUGAAUGUAAACCGCGAUAGCAAAAAUCGGCAGAAGAGAUUGCGGCGGCACUUUAUAAGUGGUUCCAGAGGUGUUGUUACCAGUCAAACGCUUGGUUCGGAGGUGAAACCACUGAGGAACACGGAUUAUCGGAGUUCAGCAGUCGAUGUUCGAGUUGGGGAGCAUUCAGGUCUGUCGAAUCCUUCGACGAUGUAUUCGGAUAUUAAGAAGAAGCAGGCGAAUAACCAGAUGAGAACGAACCAUGUUCCUUAUCAGACCCGGUCCGAUGGCAAGAUCGAUGUCGUCAGGAAACGUAGAUCCAUCAUUACGGCACCACGGAGAACGAACCAUCGCUCUGGAAGUCUUUGAUCAUAUGAUCAUGUCACGUCUAAAAUUGAACACCGGAUGAAUCAUGGAAACCAGGAUGGACGAGUUUCAAUCUGAGAAGAAGAAUCGUAAGAUGACAACAGUUGGCAGCCUAUUAUAGCAGUAUAACUAGUUCACAAGCUUGCCGAUAUUGUACACGCAGAAUGGAAAUUUAGAAAAACCUUGCCUAAUUACAUUCGUUCUAUUCAAGUAUAAAAAUUGAAACUAAAACAAGGAAAGGAAACCAUAAAAAAGAAAAAAAAAGGAAACAAAUCUUCAGACAAGUGACCUGGCUAUAUGUUUCACUGAUAUUAUUUAUAAUCAGUAUUUGAGAUGAUUACUCAAUUUGAACUGAAUUUGUAAUAGCUUCCGGAACGGGAGCGGAAGCUCAGAGGUUAAUUGCCAUCGUUAACUGCGAUGAUGUAUCUGUCCUUUAUCGGUCCGACGAAAUUCAAUUAGUUCGAGAUAGUUGUGAAAGCCGUAAUAGCGCGUGUAGCGUCGCUGUUGAAGAACAAGGUUCUAUAAAUGUAAGAUAAGAGCCGCGUUGAGAUGAGAUUAAAAACUCCGAAGACAUGU